GAAACGGAAAUACGCGUAUCAGCGGAAGAGAAGUGUAUACAAUGGAAAUCUAAAAAUCAAUUAAGUUAUGAAAAACACCAUUAAUUGCCUUUCUUUGCCACCGCUGCUCAUAAAGAAAUGGCGGAUAUCAAGACACGGUAUCGUUGAUCCAGUUAAUCUUCCCUCAAAUGGAACGAUAACAGAUGAAAAGAACCACAAUCAAGAGUUUUGUCACCGAUAUUUUGAAAUACUGGAGGAAAGACUCCCAAGAUAACAACAAUGAGCUGAUCGUGUGCAGAGUCUUCCAGAAGAGGUUGCAAAAUAGAGAGAGGCUGACUGGAAGAUGCCCAGAAGAAAACAACAGAAUCCACAACCUGUCAAGUUGGAUUCUGAAGAUGGUGUAGCCAUAGAGACUCCAGGGAGCAUCAACUUGGAGACAGACUUCCUUCUGGGAAAUGACCUUGAGUUUGGUGAUCCUGACGAUGAAAACAAGAUCCCAGACUUAGACAAGUACUCAGACGCAGAAGCAGCCGAUAUUGGGUUCUCCGUCUUCCCCUUGGGUGAUGAGGAGAGUCCUGCCUACAGCCAACUCAGCAUGGAGAGUGACACCGACGACCCCCGCGCUGCCUCCGACCACCAGCGGGACGAGGAGGCGGCGGGCGCAGCCUUCCCCCCGUACCUGUCCUGCCGGGGCUGCGGCCAGCUGCGGGACGAGCCCCUAGGUCCGGGCAUAGACCUGGUAGGCCCUUACUGUCUGCGCUGCUGCAAGGCCGGCAGGGAGGCUAAAGGCGGCGGGGACUAUAGCACGCCGUCGUUUGGCCUAGCCAGUGGGAUGAGCACCGGGGGAGAAUCCCAAGAGGGGGACAGUGACGGAGGAGGGGGCGGGACGGCCAACGCGAGCCUGGCGAGUGAAGAUGGCCAGUCCAAGCUGAGCUCGUGCCACCUGUGUGGUUUCUCGUCGCGCUACGCCAACCAUGUGAAGCGUCACAUGAAGACUCACAACGGGGAGAAGCCGUACAACUGCCCCCUCUGUACGUACGCCUCCGCUCAGCUGGUCAACCUGCAGAGACACCUGCGAAUCCACACUGGGGAGAAGCCCUACAAGUGUGACAGCUGCACCUUUGCUUGUAGUUCACUGGGCAACCUGAAGAGGCACCAGCGCAUGCACACGCCCACUGCCACUGGCGCAGAACAGGAAGUACCCCGGCCAAUCAGCAGUCACAACAGCCUCAAAAGGCCUUGGAUUGGUCAAAGAGCCAAGGAGGAGGAGCCCUGUGUGUCAGUCGAUGAACACGUGAGGCCUGAUCUCCAUCUUCACGGUGGCGUGCAGAAUCACACCUACCUAUCAGCCUUCGACAGCCCCAGGGGGGCUCCUCCUGAGCGCCCCCAGACCUCUCUCUUUGACGUCACUGGCAAUGGGAGUGGCCACAACAGCAUCAAGAGGUCCAGAAUUGGUCAAAGAGCUAGGGGGGAGGGGCAUGGUGCUUCAUCUGAAGAAACUGUAAGACCAGAUCUGAACACGCACGGGACCGACCACAAAGAUGGCUACCUUUUGGCUUUCGACGGUGGCCUGAGGGGGGGUCCCCCCCCACUUCUGCAGCGCCCACCACCACCCCUCCUGGAGACUGCCAGUGGAGGUGGGGACAGCAGGGGCGGGGCAGGGGCAGGGGCCGGAGGUGACACGCUCCCCCCACUGCUCUUCCCCUACACCUGCCGACUGUGCGGCGUGGUCCUGGAGGACGAGGACGGCUCGUCGGCCCAGAUCUGUGCCAAGUGCACCCUGGAGAUGCUGACCAAAGACUCGUCCUCCCCCAGCAGCCCCGGCGAGCGCAGUGACAAGGUGUACACCUGCCCCGUCUGCCCCUUCCUCACCCACUACCCCAACCACCUGGCCCGCCACAUGAAGACGCACAGUGGCGAGAAGCCCUACAAGUGCCCGCAGUGCGACUAUGCUUCGGCACACUUUGACAACCUGAAACGCCACCACCGCGUGCACACGGGCGAGAAGCCCUACAAGUGCCACCUGUGUGACUAUGCCUGCGGCAACCUGGCCAACCUGAAACGCCACCAGCGCGUCCACUCGGGCGUCAAGCCCUUCCAGUGCCCGCUCUGCAGCUACAGCUGCAACCAGAGCAUGAACCUCAAGCGCCACAUGCUGCGCCACACGGGGGAGAAGCCCUACAAGUGCCAGGACUGUGGCUACACCACGGGCCACUGGGACAACUACAAGAGACACCAGAAGAAGCACGGCCUGGCCACUGAGGGCUGGGUCAAAGUUCAGGCGCCCGGCCAUGAGGAAGAUGAAGAGGAGGACGAAGAUGAGGGGAUGGGGGUUCCAUCCGAGAGGAAAGAUGGAGGGGUGAAUAUGCAGUACGUGCUCGGCCGAGGGGGUGGAGUCCUGCCACACACAUGAGAUUGUAGAAGAAGAGAGACUUGGCAAACAGCUACCAGCAUCUACUCGUUUUUUGUUUGUUUGUCCUCUCACAAAGUCCUUAUAUAUUGUUUAGUAUUGUUGUUUUAUUGUUCUGUGUUUUGUCAAAUAUCUUCAGUGGCUGCUACUGUAUUUAGAAUCAUGCACAAAUUAAUUAUUAUAAAAAAAACGAUGACCGGAUUGUUUUGAUGCUGUUGGACAGAGUAGGGAAAGAAAUGCUCUUCAUAUCUUGUUUUUGAUUCUGUUGAUGUAUCAUGCCAGACUAAUGCAUUUUCUGCUGCCCCUUAACCUGACAUGUGCUAGUCAACACACACCCCUCACCAAACACUGGGUUUACUCAUCUCACAUUAUGCCUUAUAGUCACUCUUAAUCUUCCAUUAUUGCACGCCACUCUAGUCUUCAUGACUUACUGCCUGGAAUCUCUGCUGUCAAGAGGGAUUAACGCCUAUAGUGGGCUUUGUGUGAUCAUCCAAUAUGACAAAUACAGCUUCUGAUUCUGCAUAUCUUACCCUGUAGCCUACUGCCCUGCUUCACAUGGAGGUGGGGACAAACUCAAACCCACAAAUGUAAGAUGAUCGUCUCCACCUGUGCACAUUUCACUUCCACAGAAAACAAUUAUACAUCACAGAAUUGAGUCAUUUGUACGCUCAUUAUUCAACAUAAUCAAGCCUUCCUCCCCUGCUGUGCCCUGAUCCUUCACUCUGGCUCUCCUGUGUGAUCGUAUGAGACAUCCUUUGAGGGUGAGAAUGACUAGCGUUGCUUUGGUGUGUUGUGUCUUUUAUCAACUGUGAAACUAGCCCUUUGUCUUUUUGGUUUUUACUUGAAGCGAGACACGUAAUAGUAAGCAUGAGAGUGUCAAAACUGAAUAUAUAACGUUUAUUUUUUUAAUGUGAUUGUAUUUUCCCAUUAGAAAUGCAUAUUCCUAGAUUUUGUUUUCUUCCACUUUUAAAAGAAUGUGUGAUGUAUCAGUGGCAUUAAUUUUACACUAAAGAAAAUAUAAGGGACCACAUUUUCCUAUUUCACAAACGAUGUGAAUUGCUACAAGUAUGCAGUGAUAUAUUUUCAGGUUGCAAAAGCUCUACGGGGCAUUGAAACAUGUUGAUUUAUCCCCAUGGUCCCUAGCUGUUUUCUUGUUCGUAUGCAGUGGUUUCAUAAUUGCCUUAAUUAAGUAUUUUGAAAUAAACACAAACUCUGUGUCCA